UUAGUUUGUUGCAUUACAUUGAAACAAACGUCUCUGCUAAAAUGAACAUAUUUGGAGUAAUUAUUGAAGAAACAAAAAAAGAAAAAAAGAAAAAAAAGAAAAAAAGUAAAAAGACAAAACCUAAGCGAGCAGAAAAUAAGACAGAAAUAGAAGAUACGAACCCAGAACCGCAAGAUAUUAUUGAAGACGUAGAAAGUGAAGAUGAAAAUAAUGAGAAUGUUGACGAUGCAAGUAGUGUGUCUAUUGUUUCUAAUGAAUCUAGAGACAGUGACAGUGCUGAUUUACAAUUCGAUGGAAGAGUGAAGGUUGGCCCUCAGUAUCCUGUUUUUAUUGGGUACGUUGAAGACAAGGUUGAAAAAAUAGAAAACGAAUUCGAGGAGCCUCCAAAAGUGAUAAAAGGAGAAGUUCUGAACUUAAGAGCACUACACCAGAACGCUAAAACAUAUGAACUGGAGAAUUUUGAUAAAAACUAUUUGAUGAUUUUUAAUCAAAAGAAUUUCACAACUUAUCCACCGAGAGAUGGCACCGAAAAAGACGUAGAAGCCUUAAAAGCCACGCUCUCUAAAUAUAAGUUCGAAUGCCACGAAUAUCAUGAUUUGACAAAGAAUGAGAUUAUAGAACAAUUACAAAUAUUUAAAAAUAAAGAUUUCAAAGACUACGGUUGCGUAGCCGUUGCUGUUCUAACACACGGCAACAAAGAUGGUCUACUAAGAGCUGCGGAUAGGGAAUAUAGUGAGAUGGAAAUAAUAAACUACUUUAAGACACAUGAUAAACCUUCGCUAGUGACAAAGCCUAAGCUAUUGAUAAUUCAGGCUUGUCGCGGUUUACGACUAAAUCCCGCUGUCCCUGUCAUGAGGUCUUUACAUCAUCGUUUGGACCAUGACGUGGAAGUCGAGCCCUAUACUCUCCCUGCCGAGUCUGACAUGCUGAUACUUCACAGCUCCUACGUUGGAUGUCCUUCUGUGAGGAGCGAAAUAGAAGGGUCCUGGUUCAUACAGACGUUAUGUAAAAAAAUACUUGAGUUAUCAGAAGAAUUGGAUUUAGAAUCAAUUUUGACUGAAGUGAAGAGAGAGGUCUCAAUCGAUUUGCACCACGACUUACACUACAACAAAAUCACAGAUGAGGCGUUAAUAUACAAACAGAUGCCGGUGGUGACUUCCACGUUGAUAAGGAAGUUGUUUCUAAAAAUGGAAAAGCCCAAACAUGAGACGGACAGCACGCUGGAUACUUACCUCGACUGUCCCCCAACACAGAGGAGCAGCCAAUCGGAGAUAAGUUCUUUGAUAAGCAUUAAUGGACAGUGCGUUAUUAAUUAUUUUGCAUACAUAAAGAACUGCUUAAGUUAUUUUUUGGAUGAAAAUCCUGAUGAUGAUACGGGAAGAUCAUAUCUAGAAAUAUCAAACACCUUUGAAGAUACCGAGGCCUUUAACACACCAAAAGAAAAGAUGGCUAAAGCAAUUUGCAACCAUUUAUGUGCUAAUGCAACGAAUAGUGAUUAUUUCAAAUACAUUUACUUGCACCAACACUGACAAGAAUGAAAAAAUCGGCCAAAUACGAGUAGGACUCUCGCACGAAGGGUUCCGUGAUCCGUCGUUAUAGAGCUAAAGUAGGCAAAAAUACUCUCAAAGAAGAGGAAGGGAGUUUUGCCGGGAAUGUGAAAGAGUGCUGUUGUGUUGGUAGAAUAUUA